UGCUCAGCUGCUAAAGUAUCAACGUCACUAAAUCAACAACAGCAGUUUAAUAAUUUGUAGCACAUAACACUAAACACAAUUAUUCUUCAAAGUAAAUCGUAAGUACCCAAAAAUAGCAACAGGAAGGUUAAGGAUUACGGGAGGAGAGAAAACAUUCGCUAGUUGGUUAACGGUUUGUCGUUAUGUCGUCUACUAAACGUAUCGUAGUCACGGGCGGAUCUGGUUUAGUUGGGAAGGCGAUUGCGAAGGUGUUGGAGGAUCCGGAAUACAAACGGGACAAUGAGGAAUGGAUUUUUCUCUCCUCGAAAGAUGCCGACUUGAGGAAUCCGGUUGAAGUGAAGGCAAUCUUUGAUAAGCACAAGCCAACACAUGUCAUACAUUUGGCUGCGAUGGUUGGAGGCUUGUUCCACAAUAUGGCAAAGAAUCUGGACUUUCUCCGGAAUAAUUUGUUAAUCAAUGAUAACGUCUUGAAUACAAGCUUUGAGACGGGUGUAAUCAAAGUGAUAUCAUGUUUAUCAACAUGCAUCUUUCCUGAUAAGACCAGCUAUCCAAUAGACGAAACUAUGAUUCAUAAUGGACCACCCCAUGAUUCCAAUUUUGGAUAUAGCUACGCCAAACGACUGAUUGAUGUCCAAAACCGUGGAUAUUUUGAACAACAUGGGAAAAAAUAUACAGCUGUGAUACCUUGUAAUGUGUUCGGACCGUGGGAUAACUAUAAUUUGAAGGAUAGUCAUGUUAUUCCAGGGUUGAUUCACAAGUUUUAUUUGGCGAAGAAAUGUGGCGAUGUGGGGACAGUUAUGGGGACUGGAAAGCCACUUCGGCAAUUUAUUUAUUCUUUGGACCUCGCGAAGCUGUUCCUUUGGGUGUUGCGAGAUUAUGAUGAAGUGGCUCCCAUCAUUUUAUCUGUGGAUGAAAAAGAUGAAGUAUCCAUCAAAGCAGUGGCGGACCUUAUAGCUACAAACUUGGGGUUUGAACAGCCUCUAAAAUUGGAUGAAACGAAAGCGGAUGGACAAUACAAGAAAACUGCAAGCAAUGCAAAACUUCGUCAAUACCUGCCAGAUUUUAAGUUCACUCCAUUAGAAGAAGCCAUUGCUGAAUCUGUUUCUUGGUUUGUCCAAAAUUAUGAUAAAGCAAGAAAAUGAACACGGUGGGAUAGCAAAAUAUAACAAGACAUGCCUAAAAUCCAUUAUGGAGAAAAAAUUUAUUUGUCAAGUCACGUGAACGAUAAAUUGUAUUGACUUUAAAAAUAAUAUUUUAAAUAAUAUUUAUCAAUAUGCACUAAAUUAUAAAUGUUACUCCAAUCAUUCUACAUUUAUAAUUCAACAAA